AUGCCCGUGGGCCCCAAAGCAAAGAAGGCAAAGCAUGGCAAAACCUGCAUCGGUACGUACCGCGGAAUGUCCUUGCACCUAUCGCGCCCCACGCCUUCCUCGGCCGGCCACCAUGUCACUGUCAUUGUCAUUCGCAUUAAAUCGAGUGAGCUGAAGCAAGCACUCCCGCCCCAGGCUCCUACACAACCCAUGGCAGUGGAUUCAAAGGCAAUAGGGUCUGGGGUGAUUAAGCUCUUGCUUCGGCUCACUCUCGCCGUCUAUGUGGAGGUCUACGGAGUAGGACCUGUGCCAGUACGCGUGUUUGUCGCUGGCCUGUUCUUUCACCCUAAGCACCCACGGCAUCUCUGUCUACCAAGAUCAAUGGUCUAUGUAAGUUCAGGCUCAAUGAACAGUGAUCAGGUCAACCCUCCACUCGGCCGAUAUCUGUCCCGGCAGGACAAAUACCUCACCGGCUGCGACACUGCCACUCCUACCGAACAUACAGCAACCAAAAUACAACUUGCCAAGCCAAGCCAUCGAAACUAUCGAGACAGCUUCAACAGUCACGCUUGGCUGCCUCCCUGUCUCCCCCCAAAUUCCAAUCAUCCUCGAUCCUUGGCUGUCAUCAUUGAAUCAAUCAUGAACCAAAAGGAACAUCGACCCGAACGGACGGCCAGUCUCCCAGAUACGCUUGACAGAACCACAGAUAAGGCAUGCGAUAGGCGCAGCCCAAGCGGGACCUUCAGCCAAUUCCAUCACGAGUUUGCAAAUACCCUCACUCAGUCACUCUCUACUUCCAGCAUCCACGCUUGUCAUCCAUCCCCCCCUGCAUCUUCACGGCCCAGCAGUCCGGCAAUCACUCGACCCACACGGACACCCUCCACCGAUGCAGGCGGGACAAGACCUCACGAUGGGGGUGUCGGCCUGGGAUACCCCCAAAUCCCUCGCUCCCUUUCUUCUUCACUAUUGAUCAGGUCAGAGGAUGUCUCGACCUUAUCCUCCCAGGAAUUCGGUCACUGCCCUUGCUCGAGCACAGUCCUAUCGCGGUACUCUCGACCAAUACACUUCGAUUUGUCUCACAUAGCGCACGCGAUGCCUGCUGCCGACCUCACGGCCAAUGAUUAA